CUCCUCACAUCCUCACCUCCUCCACUUUCCUCAAGACCUCAUAUGCGCCUACGCGAUCCGUCUCCGCUCGCCAUCAACUAACUUGAUCCUGCUGCAUCGUUUCCCCUCUCCCCCCCCCUCCCCUCUUUCUUCUCGGCUCUCGGGAAUAUGGCCUCCUCAUCGGCCCCCUCCGCCAACGCUGGCGCAACCCCCAAGUCUACGGACUCCACAUCCGCGCAAAGCCCAGAGAAGAUUUCUGCUGCAUCUGGAAGCGAUCAGAAAGCCUCCGCGACGACCCCAAACGCCCCCUCAGAAACCCCCGCCGCGGCCCCAACGCAGCAACAGCACGCGAACAACGCCGAUGAUGACGAUGACGACGAAUCCGACUUUGAUGAAUUGGACGGUCCUCGACGAUUUCAAGCCCAAACCAACCCCCGCCCCCGCCCAACCCGAUGCCGCGCAAGCCCCAUCUGCCGACGACUUUGACGAGGAGGCUUUCCUCCGCCAACUCGAACAAGACAUGGCGAACAUGAUGGGCGGCGCCAGCAAUGAUCCCACUGGCUCGUCCGCCGCCCAAGCCGACCCGGAGUUUCUCGACCAAGACGCAGAGACCUUCGCCAAGUACCUCGAGGAAAGUGGCGUCACGCCCUCGGAUUUCUUGAAACAACUCGUCGGAGAUGUCAUGAUGAAGGGUGAGGAUGGAGACGACAGCACCACCGCCGCUACCGCGGGCUCUUCUUCCUCCGCUGCACCACCACCAGCGGCGGCGGCAGCAGCAGCAGCAACACCGGCGGGAGGGAACAACGCUGCCCCAGAGACAUUCAAUGACACGAUCCAGCGCACUAUCGAGCGGAUGAAGGAGUCCGGCGAUAAGGCUACGGCCGCUGCAUCGGAAGACGACGUCUCGGAUGACUUAGUCGCGCAGCUUAUCAAGGCGAUUGAGGCGGGAGCGGGCGAUGGCGACGAGGGCGAUCUCACGAAGAUGUUCAUGGGAAUGAUGGAGCAGUUAUCGAACAAGGAGAUCUUGUACGAGCCGAUGAAGGAGCUCGAUACGAAGUUCGGACCUUGGAUCGCCGAGAACAAGGGCAAGGGCAAGGUGUCGGAUGAGGAUAUGGCCCGAUAUGAGAAGCAGGCCGGGGUGGUGGCGCUGAUUGUGACCAAGUUCGAGGAGAAGGGAUAUUCGGACGAGGACCCGAAGUGUAGGGAGUAUGUGUGGGAGAAGAUGCAGGAGAUGCAAGCAGCUGGUAACCCUCCUGACGAGCUCAUCUCUGCUCCUUGGAUGGAGGAUCUCAAGGGACCGGGUGGUGCUGGUGGUGCCCCGGAGUGUCCGCAGCAAUGAGUAGAUGUCUUGUAUGGGUGGGUGAUAUUGAAUGAACGCUACUAUGACUAUCUCUGUUGUUGUCUCCUGUAUUUAUGUACAUAUAGUCUGGAUCUCCAUGUCAUUUUCGGUCAGGGCCAAUAUUUCAUAGUACCUGGUCUUUCUUGUAGAUAUUCAUCCCGGCUAUAUGUAACAGACCUAGUGGGAUCUCUAGACAGUUCCCACUAGAUUAGAAACCUCGGCUGGGUAAUGGUGACUCGAAUUACUUGUACGUCAACAGUAUAGUGU